UCAAAAUAUAGAAUAUAGUACAUGAGUUGCUAUUAAAUUGAGGUUAGACAACGUAUGUUUAUCCUUUCUAGUUUUGUUUUCUGAACCUUUGUUUGUUUUGGAAAAACAGGAUUUGACUCAGGAUCGCCCAUCUUUGUUAAUCCUAGCAUUUAUAUAAGCGAUAUUCACUUAGUAAAUUUCCAUAUAUACGAUGAUCAUGGACUUUUUGGUGACGAGAAGGGGAGGAGGAGGAAAUCUAGUAACACCUUCAGGACAAACUCCAAAUGGUGUGCUUGAUCUCUCAGUUAUAGACAGUUUAGCAGUCCUUCGAUGCAAUGCACGUACGUUGCACGUGUUUAAAGGCGGAGACGCUACUCUCAUUCGGGAUGCAUUUUCAAAAGCUUUGGUUCCUUACUAUCCUCUUGCCGGCCGUCUCAAAAUGUCAGUGCACAGUAAUAACCAGCUUCUUCAAAUUGAUUGUUCAGCACAAGGCAUUUGGUUUGAGGAGGCUUCUGCUGAUUGUACUCUUUAUGAUGUCAACUACUUGGAUGAACCUGCAGCUUUGGAAGAUAGUACCUUUGAUAAACUUCUACCUCAGCUUCAUUCUUCUUCUCCUCAUCCUAUUGGUCAUGAUACUUUCAUGGACCCAUUGGUGCUUGUGCAGGUAACUGAAUUUAAGUGUGGUGGAUUCGUUAUGGGACUAACUUUCUGCCACAGUAUAUGUGAUGGAUUGGGAGCUGCACAAUUUCUAAAAGCAGUAGGGGAAUUCGCCAGGGGUGUCGAGAAACUGAGCGCUACACCAGUGUGGUGCAGGGAAUAUCUUCUCCCAACUCCAUCAGCUCAAAAAGGAUUAACUGCAUCAGAUCAUGAGACCAAAGACAACUCUUCAAUGUCGCCACCCUUCAUUAUUCCUGUUCCAGAUCAACGGCUGGAGCAUGCCAGUUUCGACAUUCCAAUGGAUGAGAUCAAUCAGCUCAAACACAACGUAAUGCAAGAUCAAUUAAUGGACCGUCAAAAUGCAUUUUGUUCCUCUUUUGAAAUUAUAGCUGCUACUCUGUGGAAACAGCGAUCCCGAGCGAUUUUAGAUCUAACAAACGACGAGAUGAAUUCCUCCUCCUCUUCGAAUUCAAGCUUUAUUACUACACAUAAUGCAGGUGAUGAUGAAGUGAAGCUGGUGUUUUUCGCUAAUUGUCGGCAACUGGUGCCGCUACCGGAUGGAUUCUACGGGAACUGUUUCUUCCCAGUGACAGUAAAGGCAUCGAACAAAAUUGUGGCACAAGCAUCUCUUGCUGAGGUGGUGAAGCUGAUCAAAGAUGCCAAGGCUAAGCUACCAACAGAAUUUUCACAAUGGCUUAAUAACAAGACCUACAAAUCUGUGAAUAAGGAUCAAAAUGGUAAUGAUCAGUUAAAUGAUCCAUUUGCCCCGGGGCCUGGAGUAGGUUACGACACACUGUUCAUUUCAGAAUGGGGAAGACUGGGAUUUAACGAGGUUGAUUAUGGAUGGGGAAAACCUGUACAUGUGAUACCAGUACAAGGAUCUGCUGUUAUACCUGUGGGAAUUGUUAGCAAACAACCUCUGCCCCAAAAUGGCACUCGGAUUAUGACCUGGUGCGUCCACGGCCAACAUCUCCCUUCCUUUCUUAACAUGAUGAACAAAGGAAAUUGAUGAUGCUCUAAUUAAUUUAUGUCUCCUGCUAUCAAAAGCGUAUUAAUUAAUAUGUAUGUUUGUGAGAAAUAAUAUGUGAUUCUGUUAACUAAUUGUCUAAUUUGUAUUUGUGUGCCUUAUCAUUCGUUUUCCGCGUACAAUUGUAUCAAAAUUAUGACUAAAUUUUUUGUCAACAUGGUAUUA